AUGGCGACUCUACAGAAAUUCAAGCUAUUAGCAACCCAGUGCGCAGUGGCUGGAAGCCCAACAAAGAGCCCAACCGCCAGCCCAGUAAUCCAUCUCCGCCGGAGAAAAACUCUCCGAAUGCUUCUUGGCCGCAACGGAGGUGGAGAAGGGAGAAGGCUGCCGCCUCGACCUGGGGAUGACUCAUCUGAUGGGAGGAGAAGUGACGAUAGCGAUGAAACGCCAGAGAAGGGGAAGGAUACGGUGGUCAGCCACAAGCUCAGAGACCUGUUUGUAUCCUCACCGCCGCCGUUCCAAGAGCGGAUAUCUGGGAAUGUGCGAGAAGGGAUGUCUUCGUCGUCGAGUGUGGAUGCGAGGAGAGGUGGCACUCGGCCGUUAUCGGCGACGUUCCGGCAACGGCUGCUGAGGAGAGCUUGGAGGCCUGUGCUUGGUGCCAUACCUGAGUCACAUUAUGAAAAUUAA